AUGAAUAGCUCCCUCUCCUCCUCAACAAGAGUAACAAAAUUCCUCGUCAACCAAGUCUACUCAAAAGACUCCACUGACUCAAUUCCUAUGAUUGUAAAAGAAUACAAAAAAAUCGGUGAAGGUGCCUUUGGUAUAGUGGUCCAAGCAAAACUAAGACCCUAUACUCCCUCUGACUCAAUUAACAACAAUAAUAACAAUAACAACGACGACAUCACAUCAAUCAGCUCAAACAACUUAAACAACCCAAACUGGUAUGGCCCUUUUGCAAUCAAAAGAGUCCCGGCUCAAACAGAAUACAAAUCAAGAGAACUAGAAAUCCUCAGAACUGCAAACCAUCCAAACGUAAUUCAAUUGAAAUUCUUCUUCAACUACAAAGCUCCACAAGACAACAAAAUCUACCAACACCUCGUAAUGGAAUGUCUCCCAGAAUCCCUACAACUAGAAAUCCAUCGCUACACCUCAAAUAGACGCUACUUGCCCCAAUCUCACUUGAAAAUCUACUCCUUCCAAAUCGCCAGAGCAAUGCUCUACCUACAUGGCCUAGACAUCUGCCACAGAGAUAUAAAACCUUCAAAUAUCCUAGUAGACCCAUCUACUGGCAUCCUAAAAAUCUGCGAUUUCGGUUCCUCAAAAAGAUUGGAAUCUGAUCAACCCUCAGUUUCCUACAUUUGCUCAAGAUUCUACAGAGCUCCAGAACUAAUAGUCGGCUGCCAAUACUACUCAACUCAAAUCGACAUCUGGGGUCUAGGUUGCGUCGUUGGUGAAAUGUCUCUAGGUAGAGCUGUGUUCCAAGGUCAGGACCGCCAUUCACAACUAAAGGAAAUCGCUAAAGUCCUAGGCCCUCCUGAUCGUUUAUUCAUCUUUAAUUCAAAUCCAAGAUACGAUGGGCCCUUAUACUCAACUCCUUUAUUCGCAGGUAGAGUCUCAACAAGAUUCAAAACCAUUUUCAGAAAUGCUCCUCUCGAAUUAAUAGAUCUACUACUCAAUAUCCUACGUUACCAUCCAAACGAAAGAUUUGUUCCCGUUCAAAUAUUAGCCCAUAAAUACUUUGAUGAAUUAAGAGGCCCAGAUUUUCAAUGGAAACCAAGAGGCAGCAUCUCUCCACAAUAUCCCCCUGAUUUAUUCAAUUUCAGCUCCUUUGAAAAAGAUUUAAUUGGCGAGCAAAUGAGAUAUGUUUGUCCCUACAAUUAUCACUAA